AUGCCUCACGAAAUCUUUCUGACGGCUGUCGUGAACGAGCACGAUUUUGAUGCGGCCGUAAAGGUCCUCGGGGGUAUCACGGCAAUGCGCGAACAGCAGCACAUCUCCCGCGUUCACUAUUACAUACGCGACGUCAGCGUCAGGGGCCUGCCCUCAAUCAAGGAGAUCCAGAAGGAGAAGGGCCCAACUUCUGCAUCGUGGCAGGAACUGCACCAGAUUCUUCUCAAGCAAUCCUACAUCCUGCACACCCGCCACCGUGACUUCCUGGAUCCCACCUCUCCCGGCCCCGUUUUGAGAUUCUGCGACCAACCAGACCCCGAGAGCAACCGCUACCCGCGCUUCAUCACGCAACGCAAAAUUCUCGAGAUCAAUGAUCUCAGAACUGAAAAGAUUCUGGCCGAAAGCAAAUUCACGUUGAAAUCAGAGAUGGUUGAGGAGUCGUACCACUGGUGGCUGAAUGACCUCGAAUACGCACUCACCCGGAUCUUGCCUGUGCCUCCUGGCUCCCCGCUGCCGCAGCAGGUGUCGGACCUCAACGACCUACAGCCUCUGAGCUCGUUCUGGAUGCUUUAUGUCCGCACUUGGGUCGAGUCCAACCCCGAGCGCAUGCAGCUAGCCUACGUCCGACUGAAUCAAGUUAAGAACGACUUCACUGGCCUCUUUGAGUUCAAGACCAUGGACCGCCGCGCCCACGACACGAGAAACAUGGAACCCCGGGGAUCGGUCUAG